UUAGGUCGGUCACCAAUAACUCAUCAGAGUUGAGGCAUCACAAGACAUUGGAGUAGGUCCAAGAUGGCCGUCUCCACGCAUCCACUACUGGUUAGCCUUUCAUUGGCUGUGCUCCUGGGCUCGAACUCUCUUGGUGGACGGAACUCUUGGCUCUCAGGUCAGGCUUUGGCCCAGGUCUCUACCAACAACGAGACAACAGAGCCCAAUGUGGUACCAGAGGCUGCACUGGCAACGCCCACACCAGAGUCAGAAGACAAAACAGUUGAAACUGCCGGUAACCGUUGCUGGGGUUACUAUGAUGUCAUGGGCCAGUGGGACCCGCCUUUUAACUGUAACGCAGGUAUCUACUUGUUCUGCUGUGGUUCCUGCUUCUACCGAUUCUGCUGCCAGUUCAAAAUCCACAGUUUGGACCAGACUUCCUGUUCCAACUACGACACACCUGUGUGGGCCAACACUGGGAAACCAGCAGCGCCCGUCACAGAGGUCCAUGAGGAACCAGAUCGCGAUCGGACCCACAUGAUCGUGUAUAUUAUCUGUGGAGUGGUGGCCAUCAUGGUGUUGGUCGGGAUUUUCACCAAACUUGGGCUGGAGAAGAGUCAAGGAGGACAGACGGACAUGACCAACUCCAGGACUCUGACAGAGCUUCUGAAGCAGCCAGGGGAAGCAGGAGUGGUGGAUGGGACCGGGGUUCAUCAUCCAAUAGGGACCAACGGCAUCUCAGCCAGGGCACUGCGCUCCAACAAUGAUCAUAACCAUUUGAACAAUGCAGCCUUGUCUCCCCUGGGUCCUGCUAUGGCCUUGUCUCACCCUCAUAACAACCUGGGAAUUGGCUUCAACAAGUACACCUCGCUCAAGGCAGUGGACACGACUCCAAGAGACUUCUACAAGAGCUAUCCAAUGGUAGACUACACCCACCGCCAGUCACCACCCACUUUCCAGCCAAUCAACUUCCACCCAAAGGACAAGCCUUUCCUCCCGCCACCCGACAUCCAUGCGCCACUGGCCAUCACCAUUAACGCGUCCCAGAUCCCCAAACCGAAGAUCUCCAAAACCAACACCCAUCCCCUCACAUCCAGUUCAGCCUUCAAGGCGUGGGACCCCAGCAAGAGCCACAUCCAGCACCCUGCAGCCACCCACAUGGGCCUCCAGGCACAGCCGCAGCACCAUCCCAUCCAGCAGCACCAGCAGCACCAGCAGCAUCAGCAGCAUCAGCAGCAUCAGCAGCAUCAACAGCAUCAACAGCAUCAGCAGCAUCAGCAGCAUCAGCAGCAUCAGCAGCACCAACAGCACCAACAGCACCAACAGCAGCAGCACCAGCAGCUGCACCAGCAGAACAGCCGGCGCCAGGCCUACUCCAACAAGAGGCAGUUCAGCAUCGAGACACUGCCCGAGCUAUUCUCACAGCCGCUGGGCUACGGUCACUCGCCGCACAUGCACCCAAAGCACAAGGGACUUCCAACCAACAGCAAGACAGAGGUCACUGUCUGAACAUGGAGAUAAAAGUGGAGGAAGCCAAGCGACAUCAUACUAAAUGCUCGGAUAUCUGAUAUAUCUAAAGCUGUGAUGGCAAGAGGGAAGCAGGCAGGCAAAUAUCGUGCUUACACUGAUUUUUUUUUUUAUCUGUGCAAUUUCCUCAUCAAUGUUGACAACACUUAAAAUGUUGGUUACAUUUGUGUACUUUUAAAAAAACCACUGGAUCAAAACAGCAGCAGCAGAUGAGCAGUGAAGGUGGUGGAUUGGCAGGUGUCGGCUGUGACUCUUUGAACCAGACGUCUCUUCUAAAUUAUUGAGUGGCCUCUCAGUGUGUUCGCACAGCUCUCUCCUUCUCCCUUGCACCUCAAUGACACUCUGCACUGCUCUGUAGUACCACUCCACCAUGCACAAAUGUUUAAAUCCAAACCACAGUUACAAUUUACCCCCAAAAAGUAGCCCGGAUGCACUCUGCUCAAUUCUUCUGAGACUGUCAGGGAGGCUGGAAGGGGGAGUGUUUCCCCCCAAGACUUUGGCUCCCUAUCAGCAGAGACAAUGCUAUUGUGUUGUCAGCUCCCAUUGCCCUCCAGCCCCUGCAGAGAGAAAGUUAUAAGCCUGGCAAUUCAUAGCAGAUAGAAGGGCGGGUUGGGGGUGGUUAUUCAUCUCAUUCCAGGGGCAAAUGAGAUGAGAAGGAUCUGAACCGUGUAUGCACACGCGCUACACACUUGUCAAAAACUACAGAAGGCUCCCCCAGCAGUGUCAGAGACCACAGGCAUCCCACUGAUACACAAGCAGAUGCACACUUGUGUCUUGUCUCACACUGAUCCUCAGAAACUGGGGAGGAAGUGAAUAAGCAGGCACCCUCAUUGGUAUUUGUAACAGUUUGUCGGGCUGCCUGUUUCAGUCUCCCUUUGUCUUGUGUUGUUUCGGAUGUUAAGAAAUUGCAGGACAUGUCACAAUGCCUGGAGAAAAAAAAAAGAGCAAACGAGUCCAUGUGUACAGAAAGGUCAUCCAAAGUCAAUGCACCAUCGCAAGUGAUUCCCCAGCAUGGCAAUGCACAGCUGUUUGGAGCAUUGGAGAGGCUGAAACCGUUUGUCUCAUUGCUUUGUGAUGUACUUCAAAACCUGUAAAUGUACUACUUUGAAAUGCACAAACUUUCGACUGCUCGCACCAAAAGAAAGAAAUAUAUGAAAUGUUUUCAAACACUGUAAACCCAUGAAGCUUUUUUUUUUUUUUUUAUGAAAAUUGUCCAAUUUCAAGAGUUGAAUUCAGACCCAAAUUCUAAAUAGUUGACAGUAUUUGGACACGACACAUAUUAAUAAUUUCCAGAAUGUAGUUGUUAUGACUCGUUUACAUGGAUUGUAAGGGAAUACAAUUAAAAUUCAGUAGUUACCCCACAGUUAUUCUAUUCAAGUUGUACUACUUUGGGCUCAUCUGUUCUAUUGAAACAGGAGUUUGAUCUGGACCCAAUUGUUAGCUAAAUGCUACAGCUGGAAAUGAAACAAACCUCUUUCUCCAAAGUUGUCUGAUUUAUGUGCGGUUUAUUCAGCCCUUUUGCUAACGUACGCUACUGAUAAGCCCAUUUUCUUUGGAGUUGGAGGUUGUAUAAACCCAGCGUCUUCUUUGAACUACAGCAUGAUGGAAUGGUGGCACAUAAUGUGAUAGCACCGGACUAUGUUUGUAUGCAUUCAUUGACGGUAACAUUAAGCUAGUUUGGAUCUUUGGUAAAUAUUGUCAAACCAAAACCUGGCUUUUGUAGAAUUUAAAGUUAUUUGUUUGUAAAAUGGUCCUACUUGGUUAAAUACAGAAAAUCAGGGCAUGUGGGUUUGGAGGCUGAGAGGAAGUUGAAGGAAAAUUGCUUGUUCCACCAGAGCCACUUGAGGUACAGUAUAUUUAUUGGUGAAUGGCCCAGUUUGGUUUGAUUCUACAUCUUUGGUCUUUAACUUGAUUCAGCUGCUCCUUGUGUUCUUAUUAAAACACGUAUCCAAGUAAACAUGUUGAUCCCUAUACAGUGAGCAAUAAUGGCUGUUCAAGGUUGUUACUUGCUGAACUGUCAGACUCCAAGACAAGUGUUUGAAAGUGCUACUGCAACUCCGCUGUCCCUGAAAUUCUACGACUGCUGUUGCUUGUGCAAAAUUAGCAUGACCCAAAGAGCCAAAAUAGCUAUUUUAAUGGCAUACGGGCCAGCUUGCAAUUGGUGGAAUGUCUUCAAAUCUAUUGUACUUUAACAUUUUCAAGAUGGUUGACACUAGUUAUCGGUGGCUUUAGUUAACAAACUCAGUUUUCCUUCCUGAACCUCAAAAUCUCUUUUCUCCAUGCCACAAAUUCCCACUUCCUCAUCCCCCCACGCUACAACCGGUCUGACUCACUGACUGAAUUCACCUUCAUUUGUUAUCAAGCGGACACCAGCUAUGCCACACUGCAUAUGCCUGGCACAUGCAUCGGACAGGUGGUUGGCACCUCAUCAAACAUAAGUGUUCACCUCAGUCCAAGGACGUAGUUUUUGUUUCCACAUUGGUAGGGACACAUAGCAUGGGGAGAUGUGGAGAACCUCUCUCAUUGAUUUUCAACCCUUAGUUCCCUAUAUCCAGUUGUAUUUAUAAACAUUGAUUUGGUAAGACUUGCUCGAAUGGUACCUAAAGUACCCAAUCAAACAAGUCUCAAAAUGACUAUGCAGUCAUUUUUACAGUAGUUUAAUGUAACUUAUGUACAGAUCAAAUAAGAGAGACAUCAUUUGAACUGCUUCCAUCACAUUAGCUGUGCUAUCCUGUCUUCUGGAGAGUGUUGAAUUACCCAACAAAUUAUUACAAUUAAAUAAACAUAGUUUGUCUACAACUAUGCAUACAUUCAGUUCAAGUAAUGAUGAAACAAACAAUCCUUCCAAAACUGCUUAAAAACUCUUUUUCUCAUCCGAUAUUUCACAAACCUAGACAAAAAAAAACUGCAUACAUUUCAAGAUGACCCACUUUGGAUAUGAGUGCCUUUUUCCAGACCCUCCCUAAGCCUGGAGAACACUUCAUAAAAUGUCAAGCUGUUUACAUACCCAUAACAAUCUGGACGCUUGUAUUUGAACUCUGACCCGCUUGUCUUCCUCUCUGUCUCAGUUAUUGGAAGUAUGAGUGGACGUAAAGAGGUUUUACCAUGUACAAUAUCUGCAAGUAAUCAUUACAUUGUAUGUAGCUGCACAUUACUAUGCGAAAAAUGAUGCGUCUUGCACCAUGUCGGAGCUUUUAAAUAUACACUAACACGAUGACUUGGUAUGACUUCGAGUUUCCCAGUGUAACCAAAGAUGCCAGGAUGUCCUGACCUCCUUAUAGAACAGGAGGGAGAGAGAGAGCGUUAUCAUUGGCAGGGUGGUAGCUGUUUCAUAUCAAUGAGUAUUCGGCAGACUCAAAGUGAAUACUUUGAAAUUUGUAAUAAAAAUCAUUGGUUGGGAGAGUUCAAAAGUUGCAGGAUAAUUAAAGAAAGACCUCCUUCUUUUUAAAUUCUAUGCCCUUACAACAGUCGCACAGUGUUCUGUGCUUUCUCCCUCUCUCUUUCUGUCUCACUUUAGUUUCUCUUUCUCUCUUUUUUUUGGCUCCUCAGCAGCCUCCAUGCUGUGUGUCAUCUACCCCCACACCACCCUCUGUGCCUCCAUAUCCAUGGAGGGUUAAGCGAUGAGUUCCGAGCACUUGUCUGCUGUUUUGUACCCGUUGCUCCAAGCUGUUGUUAAGCAUGAUAUUCUCAUUGGAUCUCAUUUGGGCAUGUGUGUGUGGAAGAACUAUAAUUAAUAAUUAAAUCAAAAAAAGGCCGUCACCGUGUGGCUUGAUGUACAAAACCCCCACACUCACAUAAAAGUGAGAAAAGUCGAGGAUAAUAACACUCAAAGAGGACGCGUACAAAUUCUAGCAUCAACACACACACACUUGGGUGUAAAGGAACAGAUGCUUCAAGAUAUACUAUUUACAUCUUGAGAUUAGCGGAUGCCAACAUUGCUACCUUAAAAAAUGAACCAAGUGGAUUUUACAUUAAAUGCAUUUUAAUUUUUGAAUCCAUUGAUUUUUCUUCCAAACCGAAUUCCCUCAUUAGCAUCUCAAUUUCAUGGAGCAGCGAUUGUGCGCAAGCAAAUAAAGAGCGUGCAGCAGGGGUAAACUUUAACAGGGGUGGAUAAAUUAGCAAUAUAAUGCGUGUUUGUAAUGCUCCGUGGGGCUUCUUCACUUUACCUCUCCAAGAUGUGGAGAAAAAAAAAACCUGCAAGGCAAGCUGCUCGGAGCUGCUGGCACGCUUUUGUAAUAAGGGAUCAGCUGAGAAUGGGGAUCAUGAAUACAAAGGCAUCACUGGGAUAUGCAUGGCGUGAAUAUGCAUCAAACACAUCGGCGCUUAUGCUUUUUGCCGCCACCGCCGCCACACAGUAUGUAAUACCGAGUUGCAGCAGGUUUCUCUCCAUCCCUUCCCCUGUCUCUUUGACUUUUACUCCCACGAGGUGCCACACUUUAACUGGGUCACUUCAUAUGAAAAGUUUUCCGGCCUCCUAAAGCCCUUCCAAAUUUUCUCUCUGGGGUCCGUCCUUAAUCACUCGGAAAGCAUUAGAGGUUGAGGACAAACUAGGGACGACAGCGAGUAAACAAGCAAUAUAUGUAAAGCAAUAAGGGCCUGACCGUCCUCACCCUCUUCUUAUCUUUUUAUUUGUUGACAUGCACUCUCCUCUUGAGUUUAGGGGGUGGGUGCUAAUGAGGGUAUUCAGUUUAUGACCAGAGGGAGAGCUGAGCAAAAAGAAUGGGCUCUGCAGGGGGCCGGAGAUGAGAGAGAGUGAAAAGAGAGAUGGGGUUGCAUGCACUCAGCUGAUAAAGCAAUGCUUGUUUUUGUAUCUGAUUUUGUCUCUAAAAACUUAAAACCCGGGUUUUGUCUCUCUGAUGAGCAGCUUAGAAAGCAUUGUGUAGCCAAAUGUAUUCUCAGUUGCACAAUUUCAACAUUUGUUACUGUUGGGGUUGAGACAUUUCAUUCUUCUGCAGCACUGGCUGACUUAACAAACGGCACUAGGACAGCUCUAGGAUGUACAAUUAAAUGAGCCGAGACUACGGUGAGUCCUCCAGGACAAACGGAGCCUCAGGACGGGCUACCAGCAAACUCACAAAGACCAACUACAUCUUCUCAACUUUCCUCAAAGUUUGAAGGGAAUGGCAUGGCUCGUGAUGACUGGCUGGCGAGCACUGUGACAGGUGGAUUCAUGCGCAUUUCGGGGAUCUACAUAAGUGGUGUCACAAUCACGAAACGCAAUCAUGCUGCUGUGCUGGAACAUACCUUUUUGUUAUGACUUUGCUGUGACCAGGAUCUUUUUUUUUUUUUUGCUUUGAUGCUGGAUAGACUUCUUUGAUUACCUUUGGGACAAGGACUACCUGAAAAGUACUGAAUAUGAGACUGAAAAAGCCUCUGUCGAGCUCCAGUUUUUGCCUCUGUUACAAUGUAAAUACACUCGCACAAACAUACACCCACCCACCCACACACACACACACACACACACACACACACACACACUUACAGAGAGCCACAGAGGUGGAACACUAAUUAUAUCUUCCAUACAAUUAACCACGACUUUGUGGUACAAACCAGGACCAAAAGCCUUGAAUCGGGAGAAGCUGAGUACAUCUAACUGAUGCUCUAAUCCAAAACGGUGUGAAUGCUGAGACUGUUUUGGAUCAUCAGCUUAGCAUGUGUUUACUUAAUCUCUCCUGAUUAAUGAUAGACUAUGGCGUCACUCGCUCUUCUCAGAGCUAACUGACUGUUGUUUGUAAAACUUCUACUCUAUAAAAGAAACAAUGCAAGUAUUCUACCACAGGUUAUCUGAAUGCGACCUGGUAGACAUACUUGGGCUCUGUGAUCCCUAGCAAUAUAUAGAUAAUUGUGUAUGGUUCAGUUGUUUCUUUGUUUUUCUGUCAGUUUGUUUUUUGUACUGUGUUUUUUCGAGGUUUAAACUUCUGUCAAAAACAAACGGGAGGGGGGGGAAAAAAAAAAAGAUGAUUUGACUGAUGGGGAGUGCGCCCAGAUUUAGUCCUGGCUGCACACCCCUUUAACCGCCCCCACCCCUCCCACACAACCCUUAAAUUCCUUUACAACCAGAGGAUGUCAAUUGUUUAAAGCUUGUGAUCUUUUGAGUUACAUUGUAUGGUAUACAUGCACUCAUGUGCUUAAUGUUAAAAGAUAUUGCAUUGUAUUCAAGUGCUUUGCCAACACAUUAGCCGAAAGAUGAAAGGAAACAUUUCUUGUACAGCUUUUGCAUCUGCAAAAAAAAAAAAAAGAAAAAAAAGAAAAAAAAAAAGUCAUGCUUUGUUUCAUGAUCAUUUCUUAUAGGCGGCAAUAGGCUGCCUUGGAUUGCUAUGUACUACUUGUGUAUAUAUGUAUGCUGUACCACUUGUCUGCUGUGAAAUUUGUUGACUACUCAGCUUAUAUAAGGGCUUUUUAUAGAAUUAAAAGCAGACUGGGCAAUCUGACGUCACUCUGUAACUCGAGACAAAUUUCUCUAGAGGUCUUUUUGUUAGGGGUGAAGGGAUAUUAACAGACUUUUCAUGCAUACAAUAUGUUCUAUAAAAACCAUUUUGACUGACUUACUGAUAUGUCUAAAGGCACUCAUACGACGUUGGCCCAUGUGUCCUGUUUGAAUAAAUCUUUCAAGAAAUA